UUGUUGAAGCGCCCGGGCAGGUUAUGAUGACACUCCCCAACAUUUCAAAUUUUAGUUCAGUCCAAGAGGGACAACCUAGUAAUUUCAGUAUCUCAAAUCAGCAUGAAACAAGAUAAGAAAUAGCACAGACACGUCACCGAUCCAUGUCGCUCUUCUCCCAAACACAUCCAGCCGUUGAUUAAGAACCUGUAACACAAUCCCUGCCGUAGAUUCAACCCCCUAAAACACUCAAUCCUCUCUUCAUUAUUUUUGAUAUUUUCAAUUCUCGAUCCAUCUCCGAUCCCUCUGUUUAACCCCUUUUAUAACCCUUCAGUUCACUCCCUUUUUAUUUUCUCACUCUAGAAAUUAGGGUUUUUGUUUCCCCGAAUUUUAGGAGAUCUUUACUUUGUGGUGAUGGCAAGUGAAGAAGUGCAGUGUGAUAAUAUUGAUAAUCAGGCUCAGCCGCCGCCGCCGGUCCCACCGCUCGUUUCCGGCGGCUUGCCUCCGUACCCAGAGAUGAUUUUAGCAGCGAUUGAAGCGCUGAACGAAGAUCAGGGCUCAAACAAAUCUUCGAUCUCGAAGCAAAUCGAAGAUACCCACGGAGACCUGCCGCCGGCUCACUCCACUCUUCUUACCCACCACCUCAACAAGAUGAAAUCAUCCGGUCAGCUUAUUUUCUCCAAGAACAGCUACCGCAAACCCGACACCAAUUCUCCGCCGCCGCGCCGCGGCCGAGGACGACCACCCAAGCCCAAAACCUCUCUGCCGUCUGCCGCCGCCGUCCUGUCCCCGCCCCGUCCACGUGGCCGUCCCCCGAAGUCCCGCGACCCAGCGGCUCCUCCGCCGCCGCCUAAACCCACGGCCGCAAGUACGAGUGAUGCUCUUUCUGGGAGAAAACGCGGCCGCCCGCCCAAGGCUGCUGCUAGCGCUGGGUUGGCUGCACCUCCGCGAGCUGCUGCCGCUGGCCCGCCGCGCGGCCGUGGUAGGCCCCCUAAAGUGAAGCCUGCAAUGGCUGCGGCUGUAGGAGCUUGAGAUUGUAGGGAUUUAGUAGUGCUAAUUAAUUUGAUGAUUAUAUAUUUAUGGAUGUGUUCUUGGGUAUUUAGGUUGUUUUGCAACGGCUUCUUCAAAGUGAUUAUGAGCUUUUUAAUGUUUAAAAAAAAAACUAAUUAUGAAACCAAAAAAACUCAUAAUCACUUUGAAAAGGAGUUUGUUUGUAACUUCUAAUGUAAAUUUGGUCUUCGUGCUUAAAUUUGUUUAUUUGAAUCUCUUUUGUCAUUCCUUUAAUGGAAACUCGCUCAAUUUU